AUGGCGGAUACACCGACGAUACCCCUCCCUCUGGAUCCUAGGGAAAAGCCCAUUCUCGAUUCUUUGAUGAAAGUUCGAGAUGAGUUGACCAUCCUGAAGCAAGAUAGAUCCACAUACGUCAAGUCUUCAGACGUUUUGGCCUUCUACGAUAGAGUGGUGGAGCAAGUCAAGAUUCUCAAUGAGAUUCGCGCAGAUAAGCCCCAAGAGGACAAUAGAGUUGACCGGGUGUUGGACGGAUGUUUUCAGUUGCUAUCCCUCUUCUUCAUGACAAUUGGGCGAAACAACGAAGCUCCAGCAGCCUACGCCCUGACCUCAACAAUAAAACGAUUACUGGCACACUUGAGGGAGGUAGACCUGUACUCGGAGAAGGAUCUUACCCACUGUUCGCAUACUCUGGAGAGGCUACGGAAGAUUGUUAAGGAUGCCGAAGGGGGAUAUUCGCCAUAUUUCAUUACCCUGCUCUCAAAUCGUGUUGAGCUGUGUCAGGCGACACUUACAGAUCUUCAAAACAGACUCGACAGGCUUGGGGGAGACCUUCUUUCGAUUCACGAAAAGCUCAUCUCUAUCCUCCGCUCUAUUUCCCUGGCAAACACAAAGACCAAGUUCUCAACAACAGAAGUCGAGAAACUGCAAGCUCAACUGAAGGAAAUCGAUGCUAUGCGAGUUGAUGGUAAAUUUGUCACUGCAAGUGGAGAAGUACCGAUCGGAAAUGAAGAGACCUGUGAAUUGUUGAAUAAGUGCUUACUCUGGUCGGAAAUUGUUCUGCAACGGAAAGGAAAAAUGGUAGAAAGCUUCAACGAACCGUACCAAACUCUGAUCGAUAUCCGGAACAAGCUCGAGAAGUUGUCACUCACACAAGCCUGGUCUUUGCGAGAGACUGAUUUGUACGACUAUCAACGCCAGUUGGACAAGAUUGACGAGAGCCGCAUUGAUGGAAAUUUCGUCGAUGCGGAUGGUGUAUUUGCCGAACUUUACGUGCAAAGAACGCUUCUCUACCUCAUCAGGCGAAGUUAUGCUUACAUUUACUACCUGAUGGUCUCCUCAGAGCCAGUCUCUGAAGCUCUCCUACCAGUUUACAACCAACUGCAGACGCUGAGAAGAUGUCUUAUUGAAGUGAAAAACUCGGGAGGAGUCAGCUCACCACGAGAGUUGUAUCCUUACAGCAUGAAGCUCAAUUCGAUUGACAACAUGAGAGUGGAUGGAAAGUUUCUAGUCGGCAAAGAUAUUCCAGAAGGCCAAGGAAGUGUGAACGACUUACUGGCAGAGUGCUUUGAAUUGAGUUACGAACUUCGGGUUGCAGCCGAGACUGAAGGUGAAGAUUGA